ACCGGAAGUAACUCUGGUUCUGCUUCCUGAGGUUGCGAGUUGUUAUGUUGCGUCCCGAAUUGUGCUUUGUAAAAUUGUUUAAUAUUUGUUAUUUUACCAGUUAAGUUGAUGUAAAACAACUUAAAAGUCUUGCCAACAGAGUAAUCACAUGACGCAUUUGUUGGAAGUUUAAAGGGAAGACGAUAACGUACGAAGUUAGCUAGCUAAUGUUAGCUAUCCACGUCAGUAGCCGCUGACUUCACAACUUGCUUGCAGGAUGUCUAAACUUGAACGUUUGAAUGCUCGUGUUGCCAAGCUACUGACUGAAGCGGUGCAGGAGGUUCUGGAGGUGGUGAAGGAGACAGUGUCCGAGUACCAGGAGAAAACUGCCAGAACACAGAGAGAGAACGAGAGUCUGAAGAGGAGGCUGCAGGAGCUUCAGGACACGAUAACAAGAGAGAGCAUAGAUGUUCUACCAACAACUUGUCUGUUACCUGAAGAAAAAGAAGUCAGACAGAACCAAGAGCAGGAUUUUGGGCUCGCUUUGAGGCAGGACUCAGACCUCUGUCUAGCAGAGCAAAAACAGAUAAGCAGCCACAAACCUGACCAUGACGUGAAGCAGGAAUCAACACAACAGGAGAGCUACAAUGACACUGAAUCACAAGCUAAGUGCAACUUGGCACAACCAACAGAACAUUGCAAAGCACAACCAGAGGAGGUGACACACAUUAUUGAGGAGGCAAUGGCAGUCCACACAACACACAGUGCAAACAAGGACAUCAGUUCUGUCUCAUCCACAAAUGUGUGCACCUCUCCCUCCAGCACUAUCAAAAGAGAGUUAGAACUAACCGACUGCGCAACAUCAGAACCACCAUCUCUUCAAGAACAAUAUAGUGGAUGUGUGGAUUUAAGCUGCAACUCUUCCCGUCAGAACUCUGCUGAGGAAAGGUCACAAGUUAGCGCUGAACCUUACGGACGUGUCUUUGCCCACUCAAAUCAUGCCAUACCUAGGAGGCAUGGCUUUGCAAAAACCAACAGGGCUGCAUUUGACGGGAGAAAAAUCAGUCUUGAGCACUUCAGGAAAGAUGAAUCACACUUGUGCAUUGUAUGUGGAAAGACGUUCAGCAGGGUCGGGAACUUAAGAAUCCACGAGCGUUGUCAUACGGGAGAGAAGCCGUAUGGCUGCAUACAGUGUGGGAGACGUUUUAGUCAGGCAGGAGACCUGAAAAAACACAAGAGGGUCCAUACAGGGGAGAAACCGUACUACUGCAACCAGUGUGGAAAGAGCUUUAGUCGGGGGGAGAAUCUGAAAAGACAUCAGAAGAUCCACAUUGGAGAGAUUUUACAGUUACAGCAAGUGUGGAGGGAGCAACAGCAAUGAUUAUUAUACUAGACUUAAUCCAUUAACAUUUAAAAAAAAGAAGCCAUAUUGAUGUAUCUCUCCUUUGCUGUAACAACUAUUGAUUUUGGACUAAACAUUAAUAUCCAGUGAGCAGGUUAAAAUAUUUGAAGGUGACAGUGUGUUAGUGUAACACCUCCUGUGGUCAUGUACAGAAUGAGUUCUCUCAUGAAAAAUGUGUGAAUGCUGAAGACAAUUUUUGAAACUUUUAAAAAUCUUGAUAACGUGAUUGUCAUUAAAAUUGCCUGAUUGUCCAGACUGAUUGAAGCUUGCUGUGUGCUGCUGGAUAUAUGUAUUGCAAAUGUAUUUAGUUAUUUAGGAUAAAAGGCAGGAAAAUAGCUUGCACAGCAAAACAAUACAUUAAUUUAUUACCACCAGGAAUGGCUAAGUGAGUGACUCUUCUGCAGAAGACUCGUUAACAUCACUCAAAGGCUCAUUGAAACAGUCACAGGUUUAAUGUGUUAUAGCUUAAUUAAUGAAAAAGUAAUAACAAACACCCUCACCUUACAUC